ACUAUGACAAGUAUUCAACAUGCAAGCACUAAUCAUAUUGUUUGUUCCUAGCCUUUUUUCAAGGAAAGUAUUCAACAUGCAAGCACAUAAUCACUUUCAUAGCCUCUAAAGGAUGAUCUAUGUAGUACUAGCCCUUCAGACCGAGACUUGAUAGCCUAUCUGGUGUCUGACACAGGUGGUUACGUUUAUUUAAUACCAUUGUCUUGAUUAUUACUAGUGUCUACACUGAACACUCUACACAUGUGUUAGUGACGUGUCUGGUGUCUGAGUCCGUGUUAUUUUAAAUAGUAAUCUAAAUUUAUAAUUUAAUUCACUUUUUGUUAAGCAAAACAUGGCACAGAUUUUGGCUCCUUCUACACAAUGCCAGACAAGAAUCACAAAAACCUCUCCUUUUGCAACUCCAAUCUCAUCAAAGAUGUGGAGUUCUUUAGUAAUGAAACAAAACAAGAAAGUUGCACGUUCUGCUACAUUCAGAGCAAUGGCAAUCAACUCUGGCACCAUCAACAGGGUUGAGGAUCUACUUAAUUUGGACAUCACUCCUUUCACUGACAGCAUAAUUGCUGAGUACAUCUGGAUUGGUGGAACAGGAAUUGAUGUGCGCAGCAAAUCAAGAACCAUAUCAAAGCCUGUUGAGCAUCCGUCUGAGCUUCCUAAGUGGAACUAUGAUGGAUCUAGCACUGGACAAGCCCCUGGUGAAGAUACUGAAGUGAUCCUAUAUCCUCAAGCAAUUUUCAAAGAUCCUUUCCGCGGUGGUAACAACAUUUUGGUCAUUUGUGAUGCUUAUACAACACAAGGUGAGCCUAUCCCUACAAAUAAGAGAUAUAAAGCUGCUCAAAUCUUCAGAAACCCAAAGGUUGAGGCUGAAAUUCCAUGGUUCGGAAUAGAACAAGAGUACACCUUACUUCAAACAAAUGUCAAAUGGCCAUUAGGUUGGCCUGUUGGUGGCUAUCCUGGUCCUCAGGGUCCUUAUUACUGUGGUGCCGGGGCAGAUAAGUCAUUUGGACGUGAUAUAUCUGAUGCUCAUUACAAGGCUUGUUUAUAUGCUGGAAUUAACAUCAGUGGUACUAAUGCAGAGGUUAUGCCUGGCCAGUGGGAGUAUCAAGUUGGUCCUAGUGUAGGUACUGAAGCUGCUGAUCAUAUCUGGGCUUCAAGGUACAUCCUUGAGAGAAUUACUGAACAAGCUGGUGUUGUACUCAGCCUUGAUCCAAAACCAAUUGAGGGUGACUGGAAUGGUGCAGGAUGUCAUACCAAUUACAGUACAAAGAGCAUGAGGGAAGAUGGAGGAUUUGAGGUAAUAAAGAAGGCAAUUUUGAAUCUAUCCCUUCGCCACAAGGUCCACAUGGAAGCAUAUGGAGAAGGAAACGAGAGAAGGUUGACAGGAAAGCAUGAGACUGCCAGCAUCGACACAUUUUCUUGGGGAAUUGGUAAACGUGGCUGCUCAAUCCGUGUGGGAAGAGAGACCGAGAAGAAUGGAAAAGGUUACUUAGAAGACAGACGUCCGGCUUCAAACAUGGAUCCAUAUGUGGUAACAGCAUUAUUGGCAGAGAGUACAUUAUUGUGGGAACCAACUCUAGAGGCUGAAGCUCUUGCAGCUCAGAAGCUUGCAUUGAAGGUCUAAAUCUAUUGAUUAAUGGCGUUCUAGAUGGAGUCGGCACUGCUGCAGUCUGUGAGGAGCUGGAAAGCUCUUUCACUUUCCUUUUAGAUUAUUUAUAAAUUAUAUUUAUAUUUAUAUUAUGAAUAUCUUGUUGUCUGGACAACGAGGCUGACAUGCCUAGUUAUUGGUUAUAAGAUGAAUGCACAUUGUAUAUCAGAUAUAUUUCGUUGCCUGUGAUAGCAUAUGGUAUGGACAGAGUUACAUUGAUGCUUGUUUGGUUAUA